AUGUCCAACAAACAACAAAUUCUUCGUUGUGAGGUGAUACUCCAAAAGUAUGGAAAGGCCCUCAGUGGAAAAACAGUCCUCAUCACCGGCGUUUCUGACGACUCCAUAGCUGGGCAACUGGCAGUACAGCUCGCAAGAGCUGACCCGGCUUUGCUGAUACUGACUGCUCGUGCCGAGUCGAAGGUGGUAGGAAUCCAAGAAAAGAUCAAAUCAAAAAAGCCGAACGUCAAGACCCGUUUCUUGCACAUGGACUUGAGUGAUCUGAGCGCCGUCAGAGAGGCCGUUAAGGAAAUCAACGAUGUGCCUCACAUCGAUCACCUGGUUUGCGUGGCUGGAGUCAUGUUCCCGCCACACGGAAAGACCAAGGAUGGCUUCGAAAGUCAGCUAGGCGUGAACUAUUUGGCCAACUUUGUGCUUGUGAAGCUGCUGUUGCCGAAGGUUCGCGUUGCUGGCCCGUCUUCGUCGAUCGUGAUCAUGGCCUCGUCCAUGGCUCGUCAAGGCAAGAUGCACUUUGAUGAUGUUUGUUUUAGCGAUAGCAAAACAUACGAUCCAAUGGUCGCUUAUGGCCAAUCGAAUGCCGCGCGAGUCAUGUUUGCCAAAAGACUCGGUGAGAAGUUGUGCGACGAACAAAUCCGCGUCUUCAGCGUGGAUCCGGGUGCCGUUCAAUCUGGUCUGCAGCGACACUGUCCUCCCGGAUUUCUCGAUCAGGUUGCCGAGUGGAAAAAAGCAGGACCGAUGGUCGACCUGGAUGGAAACACAUUCGACAUACCCCCCUGGACUGGGACCUCCGAGGGAGCAGCCACCGUCAUUACUGCCAUGAUUGAUCCCACUAUCACUGGCUAUAAUGGAUCCUACCUCAAUCAGAACGCGAUCUCCGAUCACGAAUUGCAUAGCCACCUCAAGGACACCACCAACUGGACCAAGCUCUGGGGUUUGAGUGAGGAACUGACAGGGGAGACAUUCUCUCUGUAG